AUGGCCCUGGGGGUCCUGCCGAGUCCUGCCUGCCCCCCCGCCCCGAGGGGAUCACCCUAUCGCUGGAUGCAAGUGGCCUCCCAGUGCCAGCUGCUGCAGUCAUCCUCAGGGCGCCCAUCUGCCCCCCAACUUCCCCAGCUCCCCGACGAGCCGGUGUUGCUGCAAGACGCCCCAGGGGGGCUUUUCCAGCUGCCCCCCGGGGACCCCUUCCCCGAACGGGUGACGGUAGCCUGGCUGUCGGUCGUGGCCCUCGCCUUUGCCUUGGUUUGUGACCCCCAAGAGAAUCUAUCGCUUGCGGAGAUCACCCUGCGCCGCCUGGCCCCCCGCCUGCUCGCCUCCCUGCGCCUCCUCGGCCCCGGAGCUGAUGUCCUGCUCCGACCUGAGACCAUUGACGUCCUCCUCGAUCGUUUCCUGCCCCACGGCCAGAUGCUUUUCCUCAAUGAACUUUUUCUUCAGGCGGUGGACCGGGAGAUGGGCAUCAAAGCAUCCCGCUGAGCUCAAGCCGGCAUCCCUGCCUGGCACACCCCGAUAUUUCGGGGAGAGAGUCAUGGGAAGGGUAUGAGAUGGCCACUGAGCCCCAGUAGGGCAGAAAUGACUCGGGAAUAAAGAGCAACAAGU